UCUCCCUCUCUCUCUCUCUCUCUCUCUAAUAUAUAUACAUAGCCACUAUAUUUUCUGGCAAUCUCUUUCUCUCUCUCUGAUGUUUAUUUAUCCGAUCAAUCCGAACUCUCUAUCUCAAGUAGAAUUUAUAUUUUUCAUUUCUGAGUCCCCUCUUUGAUGAAGAUCACAAGCAGAAUCUACCAUCUCUCAACCCCAUGCAUGAAACUAUUGAAUUGGGUCUCUUGAUUGCUUCUUGAAGAGGAAACUGAAGUACUCAACUUCCCGAACAACAACCCGCCCUUGCCUCAUUUUUUGGUCCUUGUUCCAUUCCCCCCUUAGUCUCCCCCCUCCCCCUCUCUAUAGUAGGAGGCAUGAUCUCUCCAGAUAAUAUUCCGGCAAAUCCGCCGACCAACGACGAUGACCAGAACACUGGAAGCCGCAAGACUGCAUCACUAAGGCCACCCGAGCAACCGUUGAAAUGCCCACGAUGCGAUUCUCCUAACACCAAAUUCUGCUACUACAACAACUACAGUCUCACUCAGCCAAGACACUUCUGCAAGACAUGUAGAAGGUACUGGACCAAAGGAGGUGCCUUGCGCAACGUUCCGAUCGGCGGGGGUUGCCGGAAAAACAAGAGAACGAAAUCAGGUUCAAGACUAUCCGGCGAUACCAAGGACUCCGCUGCAUCGUCUGACACAGGUGGAAUGAAGUUCUUUCAUGGGCUCUCACCAGUUGCCAUGGAUUUUCAGCUAGGUAGCGGCCUUCCUUUCUCUAGAUUCCAUUCUUCAACCGCAGGCGGUGCUUAUAAUAACCAGUUUCUUUCAUAUGGAGAUAUCUCAUCUACUGCAGCAACAACGGCAGCAGCCACCAAUCCUUCUUGUUUCAAUAUCGAUGAGGUGGCGGCAAAUUCUGGGUCUUUGAUGGGUUUUAAUUACCAUGCUCCCUCAGUUAGUAGACAAGGAGAGAGUGGGGGUUUUAAGUUCAGUGGGGGAAUUCAGGAGAUGGGUUCGAUGAAUGUUCACAGUAGCCUUGCAUCUUCCAUCGAGUCUUUGAGUUCUAUCAAUCAAGAUCUUCACUGGAAGUUGCAGCAGCAGAGGCUGGCCAUGCUUUUUGGUGGAGAAAAUCAGAAAGAAAGCGUUGUUUCUUCUCUUCCUACAGCCCUACUCGAAAAUCAGGCGCAGAAACCACAACCCAUUUCGUUUCAGAACCUGGACGUCUCAAAACCGGAGGUUUCUGGCGUUAGAAAUCCAACAAAAAGUGGCGUGAGUGGUUCUGCUACCACAACCACGGAGUGGUUCUUCGAUAACUCUUACACCCAAACAGCCACCACCACCACUGCCGCCAACAGUAACGUUAAUACGAGCAGCAGCUGGAACGGAACUCAAGCAUGGACGGAUUUACAUCAAUACAGUGGGUUACCUUAGUUUGAUCAGGAGAUAAGGGUUUAUAUUGUUCAGAAAACAAAACAAAAAGAGAAUACCAGAUAAUAGAGAAAAUGACAAAACCUAUCUUAGUUAAUAUUCUUUUCUCCUUGCUGUUCUUCUUUGUCCAUUUGGUUUUCUCUUUCCGGAUUUCUUGCCUUAUUUUUCUGCAGCUUAACAUGAUGACUAAUUAAGCUAGGGGAGCAGAAAAUGGUAGAUCAUAUUAUAUUAUUAUUAUCAUCAUUUAUUUUGGACAAAGAGCGAUCGAUAGUUGUGGUUGUUCAUGUUUAGUUGUUCUCGUUUUUGUCUAUUUUCUUUUAUGUUUCUUGUUUUCUUCUUCUAAUUUUCUGCUCCUAUACAAAGGCGCAUGAUCAUACAGGAGCAAGGUUGGUUGUUUAUGAAUUUAUGUUAGCAAGUUAGCAAUAAAAAGAAAAGCAGCUAAUGGUCUUUGAUUCAUUAAAGA